GAAACUUUUACUGCGAGCGGAGGGGAAUAAUAGUUUUCCUGGAGCCGUGCAAUAGCCUUGAGGCUGCUAACGUGGUGAUAAGCCGUUGUUUGCCUGUGCGCUGGAGCAAGCGUGUUUGAUCUCUUCCUCGUUCCAGCCCCGGAGAAAAAGCCCAGCGAUUUUGCUGCCGUGGGACCACCAGGUCUGUAUUGCGUUAUUCCUCUAUUCCGGCACCACCUGGAGACCUGACUUGAGUUACGUAGCGUCACGCCGCUGACGGCCCGGCCGCGUUCUCCGGUUAAAAAGCAGGAGCAGAAGAUGUCCUGCAGUAAGCUGUCCCCCCACGGAAGGACCCGCCUGCCUUAGCCAGCCCGUCCUGCCCGCGAUGGCCUCGACACCCCAGUGAGGGGAGAAAGGACAAGGAGCGAGUCCCCCCAACGCCGCCACAUCCCCCGGGAGAGCCAUGGAAGCCCCCCUGGAUGUGCCUGUAGGGAACCUCAUUGACUUUGAUGCCGAAACACCGGCCUCCGUCCCCUCGGAGCCCUCUCCUCCCGCUGCCCCCAGCGGCAACGGGCACCUGGGGGUCACGGAGGAUGUGGCCGAGGAGGAGAGCGAUGCCACUGAGUCGGCGGACAGUGAGAAUGACAUGGGUGACUCUCCCAGGCACUGGGGUGGCUACCGCCGCUCCUCCUCCAACGAGUCCUUCUCCUCCAGCCAGAGCACCGAGUCUGCCCGGGACGAGGCGACGGCCGAGCGCCGGGAGUUCAUGCGGCACUACGUGGAGAAGAUCUUCACGGGGGGAGAGGAUUUGGACCAAGAAGAGAAGGCCAGGUUUGGUGAGCUCUGCAGCGGCGAGAACGGGAAGGGCAGGGAAUGGUUCGCGAGAUACGUGAGCGCCCAGCGCUGCAACUCCAAGUGCGUCUCGGAGCAGACCUUCUACCGCCUGAUGCAGUCCUUCGCCCUCGUGCUCUUCGAGUGUCACCAGAUGGAUGACUUCAGCCCUGCCAAGAACCUCAUGACCAUGUGUUUCACCUACUACUAUGUGGGCAAGACCCACGCACUGCCCUUGGAGGCCAAGGAGAAGCCCAUGGGCAGCAUUGACUCGUACCUGAAGUCGGCCAACAGCUGGCUGGCGGAGAAGAAGGACAUCGCGGAGCGGCUGCUGAAAAACACAUCGGCCAAGACGGAGAACGUCAAGGGCUUCUUUGGGGGCCUGGAGACCAAACUGAAGGGUCCUACCACCAAAAAGAGCGACGAAGGUGAGGACAAACCAAAGGAGAAGCUGAAGAAGACGGUUUCCGUGCAGAGCCCAGAGGAGGAGAAGAAAGGAGAGAAGAUCUACCUGUACAUGCACCUCAAGCAGCAGCCGAUCUGGCACAACCUGCGGUUUUGGAACGCCGCCUUCUUCGACGCCGUGCACUGCGAGCGCAGGAAGCGGUCCCCCACCACCAGAGGGAACGCUGGGGAGGAAGAGGAGAAGAGGGAGAAGUGGUGCCACAUGACGCAGGAGGAGCGUGACGACAGCCUCCGCUUCAACGAGAACAUCACCUUCGGGCAGCUGGGCACCUUCAUUCACAACAUGCUGGCGUUCGGCCUGAACAAGAAGCUCUGCAGCGACUUCCUGAAGAAGCAGGCGACCAUCGGCAAUUUGGAUGAAGAGCAAUACAAACUGCUCAGCGACCACAUCGAGCAGAUGGCUACCGAAUAGCCGCCUGGCCGGCACGCUGCGGCAGAGAGACAGCGGCCGGAGAGGGUCAGAGGGGAGAGAAACCCACCUCUGGGGCUACUUGAAACUGAAGCUGGGCUACUUUAAAAAAAGCCACCCACACAAGCUGCAAUAAAACCUGCAUGAUCGUCCACCAAACUUUAGAGCUGCACCAGGGCAGCCUGUAGAAAUAGGAGCCAAACAGCCCCCCCGCCCCCCCUUGCCAGACCCUCCCACCAUCUAUUUUCAGAGUAGACAGUCCCAAAAGUGUAUUUUGUCAGUUAAAAAAAAAAAAAAAAAAAACAGAACAACAAAACACAAGAGAAAAGCAAAAAGGGAGCGGUUGCUGCAGCCCCCGGGUGUGUUUAUGAGAGCUGGAUCGCUGUGUCUCCGGCCGCCCCCCCGCCGUGAAACGCUGCCUGCCGUCUUCGGUGUUUCGUGGCACAACGGCGGUGGGCCUGAGCUGCCACACGCGUUCGCUGCUCGGUGCCUUUCCGAGGCUGCCGUGGACAGUGGUAAAUCCGGAGGAAUCCAAGGUUGCGAGCCUCCCGCCGCCUUUCCCCACCGGCAUUCGCGGGGCGAGCACAACGGAGGCUGGAGCUGGACCGGGGAUGCGGGAGGCGAUGGCAGGGACCACAUCCAGCCACCGGCUCUGCCUCCAGUUUGACCCAUCUCCCUCCCUAGGGAGGCACUGGGCGUUUGCAGCACGUGGGUUUGUGCUGGCAAUGCAGGAGCCGGCUGCUGAGGAUGCCGAUGGGAUGCAGCAGCCGAUGAGUCAGUCUGUCAGCAGGUUGUGUUGUGUAUCCAAGGAUAUCACCACCGGCCGGGGACACGGGCCAUACGGGGGCUUGCUGGGAGCAGAAACGGGGCUGGCAAAGUGCUGCUGCCUUCUUUAGUAUAAGGCUCCUUGGGAGCCGGAGGGAAAUCCUGCGCUUGGGAACCCUUCCCUGCCCUGCCUGUGUGGUUUUGUACCUCUGGGCAGAGAGAAAACACAGUUUGCUCCAUAUCAUUAGCCUGGAUCAACAGGAAAAAAAAGCCAUGGCCUUGGGCGGGACGGCUGGGAGAGGAGGCAGAAGAGAACCACGCGAAAGCGGCUUGGCAGGAGGCAGCAAAGCAGCAGCGAGACAGAUUCCCCCUGCGCCCGCUCCCUGCUGCAUCGUCGGCAUCGGGGCUGCCGUGGGCUUGCGGCUUUUCCCGAAGCCUCCUGGCUUCCCACAGCAGCCGCGGUAUUGGAUUAAUCGCCCUCCUUCCCCGGGCUGCACCUCGCUGCCCUCUCCUUCCCCGGCCCCUUCGCUCCAGCUGAUCAUCGAUCGAACCUGAAAUAGCCCCGUCUUAAGUCCAUCUCCUCUUCUGCUGGAGUGACGGCAGCUACCCCGUACGCAGUGUACCUGUUUUUUUUUCCCCGCGGUACCUUGGGACGGUGUUUGCGGAGAGGCCGGGGAGAUGGGGACAUCGCUGCUCCCCUCCGCCGGGGCGCAUCCCUGCUCUGAUGGGAGACCCGCUCGGCUCUGCCCGGGGGGACAGAGAAAACCCCCAACCCCCCGCAGCCCAGGGUCCAGCACCCAGUUUCACCCCAAAACCAGCGUCCUGAAACGUCGAGUCCGGGUUUCGGGGAGACCAUCAGUCCGUUUUCCCCCGUGCUGUCAGCUGUAUCCCAUAAGAUAAAUAGCAUAAUGGGUUUUUGGGGUUUUUUUUUGGUUUUUUUUUUCCAUGUAGCUCUUAGGUUUUGGUGCUUUUGCUUAAGCUUGGGCUGGGACUUUGCUCCGUGCUGGGUCUCAGAGGAAGGAUGGAUCCUGCACUGGCUUUCCCUUGGCCAUUCCCAAACCCGGGCAGAAUUGACGGAGAAAGGUUUUUGUCGGGGCGAGGGGCUGCCGGAGGGGACUAACGUGCACUUUGUGCACGUUAGUCCCCUCCGGCAGCCCCUCGCCCCGACGAACACCUUUCUGAUGGAAAGGAUGUGCUGGAGCAUAAGCAUCAGCGCCAAAAUCCCGUAUCCCGGCGCAUCCCAUCCCCGCGGCAUCCCCCGGUUAGUCUCCACUCGGCUCUUUCCCGAAUCCUGCUUUUGUUUCUUUAUUACUUCUUUUUUGUUCUGUUUUGGUCCGUCCCCCUCCCGCAACGUGGGAAAAAAAAAAAAAAAAAGGUUAACGGUGAAAUAUAUAUUAUUUGCAUGUGUAUUUUUCUAAAAAAAAAAAGAAAACGGAUUAAAAUCGAAUAAAAAAAAAAAAAAAGGCUGUAAAACCUGCCCGAUUGGGACUGCGUGAAGGACGGGGUGAGAGAGAGAGAGAUUGGAAUAAAUUGUC